AUGUUCGCUCGUGCCUCCACUCUUGUUCUCGCUCUCCCACUCCUUGCAGCAGCCACUGCUGUUCCCCGUAACAGUGGCGAUGGCCCUUCCAACCAGUGCAACACCGGUACUCUCAACUGCUGCGACCAAACACUCUCGGCCACCGCUAGCUCUACCAACCUUCUCCUCGGCCUCUUGGGCAUUGUUCUCGGCCCCGUCACUGGCCUUCUUGGAUUGAGCUGCUCCCCCAUCGAUGUUUUGGGAAUCUCCGGCAACUCUUGCAGUGCUCAACCUGUGUGCUGCACCGGCAACACAUUCAAUGGCAUCAUCACUACUGGCUGCACCCCUAUCAACAUCAACCUGUAA